GCGUCCGAUACCAGUAGACGGUAACCAGUCGACAAGAUAAGGGGAUUUCCCUAAGCGUAGUUUCCCUUCGUGAUUGUAACGACGAUGCAGUUGGAAUGAUCUGAAUCUGGUUAAUAAUUGAGACUCAACCCAUACAACACGAUGGCAGGUCCACCGAUAUCAAAUAUAUAUAUCGUCAACGAUGAUGGCAUAUACGACCCGAGCGCCCUAAGAAACCUGGCCAGCAUUCUAAAUGUUAACUUAGGCACACUGCAGAACUGUAGCAUCCGUGUGUCCAGCCAUGGUCAGAACCAAGGUCAAGCUCAGGGAGCCUUCGUCGACAUCCACCAGCAACAGGAGGAUCGUCGUCGGCGGAGGAGGGAGGAGAAGGAGAGGAAGAAGAAAGAAGCUGAAGAGAAGAAGAAGAAGAUGGAGGCUUUGAAGAAAAAAUACCCCUUUCUUGAUACUAAGUCCAUUGAACAAUGGAGGACUGUAUUUAGUAAGAGUCACAAGACAGACGAGAGUGUAUUCAAGAAAACAAAAGCUUACGAAUCAAUUAGAAAAACUCUUGACUUUCAUCAUGUCGUCGUCAUACUGGGGUACCCUGGUGAGGGGAAGACAACAUGUGCUAAAUAUAUAGCCGAAGAUUACAACAGCCACAUGAGCAGCUCAGGGCCCAAAUAUGAAGUUUUAAAUAUCAGUUCUCCAGCUGAGUUCAAAGAGAAAGUAAACCCAACAUCAUUUCAGAUUAUCAUUGUCGAUGAUAUUUUUGGAACCCACACCGCCAACCUGUCUAAAAUAGAGUUAUGGGUUGACUACCUUGACAUGAUGCACUUUGUCGUGAAGGCAGGUACGUCGAAGCUAAGGCUGGUUAUUACCUGCGGGCGUCAUCUGUAUGAGAAGGUUCAGCAGUAUCUUCACGGACAGAAAGUGUUCCAAGAAUGUCACGUGGUCGACAUAUCGGCUGAUGGAUUAGGUCUUCAGCCUCAAGAGCGGUCGGACAUUCUUCGUAGUAAUGCUGGCUAUUUAUCCUACGGUGAUUCUGCCAACAUGAUGGCGUACAGCUCCUAUUCGGGCUACCCCCUUUGCUGUAGAUUGUAUAGCAUCAGCAAAACAUUUCAGAAUUUAGGAAGGGUCUUCUUCAAUGAUCCCUCCAAAUAUAUUCCCCAAGAAAUUGAGAAGGUUGAUAGCUACGACAAGACGGUGUAUGGUGUGCUGGUGUUUACAGCCUUGAAUGGUGGCAGGAUAAAUCUGAGAGGGAAACUGAUGUCAGAACUGGACCAGGAAAUGUGGGAAAAUCUGAAGAAGAUCCUGAGGUUAAUGAAGGCUCCUGUGGAUGACCUUGAACUCUGGAUCCUGCAAGAGGCAGCUAGAAUUUUGUCAGGAGUGUUCCUGUUGCCGUUACAGAAUGAUAGCUAUCGCAUGAUCCAUCACCGUAUCACGGAGCACGUUCUCAGACAGUUUUCCUACGGUAACAGUGCAAUGCUGAUAGAGAUGGCCAACCCUGACAUUUUCAUGGAAUUCGUCCGAAGUGGACAAUAUGGCGAAGGCAUGCAUGAGCGUACAUUCAACGUCUACCCUCUUCACUAUGACGUCCUAGCUCGUAGGUUGGUGUUUGACAUCUUACAAGGAAAAAUCCGGACUGCGAGCAUGCAUCAAACUUUCACAGAUGAGAAAUUUGUAAAACAUUUCUUUGAGUAUCUUGAUCGUCUUGGCAACCUGGAAGCAGUAUAUCGAGCCAGGGAUGAACAUGGAAACUCCUUCCUGUUCUGGAGUGCAUGGUAUGGUAGAGACUUGGUGGUAAAAGGAUUUGUUGAAAAGGAAUCUUUGGCUCGCAUGGCUGAUGAUGGUUUGGGCUCUGCCGAACAACGGAUCCUCGCCUUGCUGGCUUGUUGCUACAGAGGGGGUGUCACUGAGAUCAUAUCAACACGGUAUCGACCAAAAGACGAGCCGGAGCCUGUCAAACCAACACAAGGAUUGUCGGCACUUCUGAACGCAAUGGUACCUGUCAAUUCUACUGCAACAAUACAAAAUGCUGAUGAGAUCCUAAAUUUUGAAUUUAGUCUUCUUCUUGAAAACAAAGCCCUGCCUAUACAUUUUGCUGCUCUGGGCAACAAUGGGCCUGCAAUGAAACUAAUUCUGGAGAAAGGAGCAGAAGUGAAUGCUGCAACUGAACAGGGUGAGACUGCCCUCCAUCUUGCUGUCUGCAAAAAUGAGAUAGAGGUAGUGAAGUUUCUGCUAGAUAAGGGCGCCGAUGUCAACGCAAAAACAAAGAUGGGCAAAACUCCAAUCCAUGAUGCUGUCUACUACAAGAAGACUGAUGCAGCGAAACUGCUUUUAGAGAAAGGAGCUGAUGUAAAUAUUCCUGCAGAUGAUGAAAGACCUUUGUUGCAAGUUGCAGUUGCCAACACAGACAUUGAAAUGGUGAAAAUGCUAACUGAGAAAGGAGCAGACGUGAACAAGAAGGGACGUGAUGGAUGGACGCCACUACAUGAAGCGUUCUACCUCGGGGAUACCCAAUCUGCUGAGCAUCUGUUGGACAAAGGUGCUCAUGCUUAUGUCUAUACAAUGAGUGGCGUAGCUCCUCUUCAUGAAGCCGUCAACAACUGUGACCGUGACCUAAUUGACCUUCUGUUGGAGACUGGCGUCAGUGUUAACAACAGUUCCAGUACUGGAGAAACUCCCUUACACAUAGCUGCAAAAAAUGGUAACCUUGACCUUGUAAAGAAACUGAUGGACAUGGGCGCGGAUAUCAACGCCCGUGACAAUAAUGGGAUGCUUCCUCUCAACGUCUCGGCAACUUCGUCCCAUGGCGACGUGAUGCAUUACUUGAUGGAAAGAUCCGGGAUGAAUAUUCCAAGGAGCUUUCCAGGACUAGAAAGACAACGAAAUCCUUAUGGAAUGGAUCGCUAUAAUAUGUUUGAUGAUGAUGAUGAUGAUGAUGAUUAUGGUCCUUACUCGCAUCUUCCGCCGUACCUGAGACAGCAGUUGAGAAGAAGGCAGAAGUAUAUGUAAACCUUAAGGUAAGAAGUCCUGGCGGCGCUCGGGCCAGCUCACAGUGAGCAGAGCAUGGAGCCUGGGAACGUGAAGACUCCAGAUGGAGCCAGAAGGAGUAUGUCAUGAUGACCCCAUCAUGAAAAAUUGAAUGACAGAGAUUUGAACAGGGCCUCUACCUAUUUACAUAUUUCAGUCACUUUGGCAUGUAUUUAUUGAAGUGUUAUAAAUCAUUAUCAUUUCUCUUACCAAUCAUUAAUUUUCUGAAAUUAGCACUUAAAAUAUGAUCCUUACAUAAAAUAACUACUAUUUUCUGAAUUUUAUAUAUCUAACACGCAUGACAAGCCCUGUUGAGUGAAGAGGACCGCUGACUCCUGCCUCUGUAUGUAACAUUUGGAUGAUACUUGUGGAUACUAUAUGUGGUAUAGUAAACAUUGACUUUAUAUGAAGUACUGGCUUAGUUGGUAGGUCAGCAAGGAAUAACCAGUUGUUUUAAGAUUCAUAUUUAAUAAUUCCUGUAUUGUACUAACUUGCUUUUUUAAUGCUGAGAUGUAAUAGUAAGAUUGAAAAUAAUAUUCUUCACUCCAAGGCCUUGAACAACAUGAAAACUGUUUCUUGAACACAAAUUGAUCAGAAUUUCGAUAAAAAAAGAAUUUCAAAUAAGAUCCAAACACAUUUUUUGAUGUUUUAAUUUCACAUGUUUACCAUUCUGCUGGCAUAUUCUUUUAAGGAUCUAUACCACAUUGAAUGAUAUGGAACCUGUCUUAGGUUCUGGUGGCUAUUUAGUAUUCUACAUCGAAUGCCAAAGCUCCAAGAGUCACAGGGGUCCAGAGAACAGUAUGAGUUAAGGUUGUUCAGUGUAAGAGUCAGUGUUCUAGAGGACUGGAGACGUGAUGAAGAAAUCGGCCAGUGUUGAUGACAUGAGAACUAGUCUCUGGAGGGAGACAAGACUAACACACACAUAGGUGUCCUAGACUUGAAGAAGCAUUAGGGGAGACUUAGGUUACAAAGCAGUGAUAUCAUGACUGCAAUUGAAGAACUCGGGAUAUCAUUACUCCAAAAUGGGGAAGCAGUGAUAUCAUGACUGCAAUUGAAGAACUCGGGAUAUCAUUACUCCAAAAUGGGGAAGCAGUGAUAUCAUGACUGCAAUUGAAGAACUCGGGAUAUCAUUACUCCAAAAUGGGGAAGCAGUGAUAUCAUGACUGCAAUUGAAGAACCCGGGAUAUCAUUACUCCAAAAUGGAGAAGCAGUGAUAUCAUGACUGCAACUGAAGAACCCGGGAUGUCAUUACUCCAAAAUGGAGAAGCAGUGAUAUCAUGACUGCAAUUGAAAAACCCGGGAUAUCAUUGCUCCAAAAUGGAGAAGCAGUGAUAUGACUGCAAUUGAAAAACCCGGGAUAUCAUUGCUCCUAAAUGGAGAAGCAGUGAUAUCAUGACUGCAAUUGAAGAACUCGAAUAUCAUUACUCCAAAUGGAGAAGCAGUGAUAUCAUAUGAUAACUGCAAAUUGAAGCAGUGAUAUGAUUAAUGAAAAUUGAAGAAGCCAUGAUAAUAUACUGCCAUUUGAAGAGACCGUGAUAUUUAAACAAAAUGGGGACACAUGAUGUUACAAUGCACUGACAAUGAUGUAUCUUUAAUACAAAUUGAAGUAAUGAUGUCAUUACUUAGACAAAACAUAAAACAUUUUAUCAGCACUGAGCAACAUAAAAUCAUUCAAGCGGUGAAAUCAUAACUAAUCGAGUUUAAAGAAGAAAUUAUGUAAAUACCAAGAUUAAAAGAAGUACUGCGAAAACUUUGGUGGCAGAAGCAGGGUUGGUUUCAGGAUUGACAGGAUGUGUUCCAGAAAGCAAAAUAUAAUGGGAUGAAAUACAUUCAUAGUGAGAUAACGUGAGCUUCUCUGAGUGAUUGAACACCAGGUGUCGCGAAUAAUAUGCUGGACUGACACCCAAGUUUCUGCUUCCAUCUGUUGAUUUUUGUGUUGCUGUAAAUGAACAUUAAAUAAGUUUUGUGUGUAACAGUAUGUGGCCUUCACACUUGAUUUAUUGUUAAUGUAAUUGUAGUCUUUGCUAUUUCCAUUCAAUAUUUAGACAUCCAGGUCUUAACCAAGAUUUUAACCAAGAGGCUUACCCUGCUCUUUAUUUUUUAUGUCCUUGUCUUAGAGACAUUGUGUUUUUGCUAGGGCUGGGACGAGUUAUUUACCGGGGUACCCACACCCCUAUUACCCGACCCUAUCCAGGUACCCCCUGUAGGUCCUAAGAGACAGGUACAAAAUGUCCAAUUGGAACAUUUGAUGGUACACCUGUCAAAAUGUAUUUAGAUACACGUAUAAACCGAUCUGGUCAUGCAAACACUGAAGUUGACUAUAUGUUUGCAAAACAUAUGAAGUCAGAAAGAAAUGUGAACAUUUGUUGCUUAUAGUGUUACCAUAGAGUUCUAGAUAAUUUUUGCCAUUAAACAAUAUAAUAAUGGGACUAAACAUGGGUCUGGGUAGUCCUUUGAGUACACACGGGUCUUACUCAGUACCCACCUGACCCGAGUACACGAGUUAUCCAUCCCUGCCAUAGUUUUUGGUGAUGAAAAUGUUAUUGUUUUGCUUGUAUCUUCAUGUCUUGUUGUUGUCAAUUGUUAUACACGCACACACAGGCAUGCCUGUUCAGUGUUCGGAGUAAGCACCUGUUCUAGGCCCAUGGCAAUAGAUCUUGUGUGGGGCUGUAGUUUCAAAUUUGUAUGGGUCCUUAUGACCUGCAGUAAAUUUGAGUGUUGAUUUAUUUGUCAAAAAAUGCUGCAGUUUGUUUUAAUGAGGGCCUGAAGAGUUCUGUGAGUGCCUGCAGCUUAUAAAGUCUGUGGGUACUGGUGGCAGCCUGGUAAUUUAUUAUAUUUCAAACACUGCAUGUUGCUAUGUAAGUACAAUAAUCUUGAACACAACUUUAAACCCCAUUUCACCUCACCUCACCUUUUAAAAUUCAUUACAUGGAGACAAGACUCCAGCAGGAACCUCUCGGUGCGGUGAAAUGGGGUUUAUUACACUUAUAUGGUGUGAUACAUGCAUGUGUGGGUGUGCUUGUGCUUGUACUGGUCCUGACUCUCAGUUUUUUAGUGCCAGCCCACUGAGAUACCAUGCUGCAGGAUACAGACUCCAAGUCAACUGGUUCUUGUUUUACCCUUAAAUGCCAAGCACCCUGCCUGGCAACAAGUACCAUCUUUUUAUUAGCUGAAUGUCCAUUACGAGCUUUGAGUGGAUUACUAAUAUAACUUGUAUUUUGUUUGUUGUGCAGGGCUAAUGAAGGACACUUUUGUGUACCCUUAAGGCCUUUACUAGCACCUUCAGUUUUCUUGUUUCCAUGGUGUUCUGUGACAAUAUCAUACCAUGAAAUAUAACUUGGCGAUUCAAAAUGUUCUUAGGCAUUCCAUUAGUUUAAGCUUUCCAUGGUUAUUGGUAUUUUAGUGUCAUGGAAAUUUUCUCUUUUGCCUUGUAACCUCUGUAUGACAAGUUGAAUUUCUAUGGAAAACUGAUUAGGAAAGGGCUUGCAAUUAUCUUGUGGUUCCUUGUUUUUUAUAUGCAGUCAAUAAAAAAUUAUACAAAAA